AUGGUUGCGCAUUUGUAUGGAGAAAUUGUCACAUGUAAUGAAGGAAUCAUAAAGAAUUUAACCACGAAUUAUAGUUUUAUGGAUUUAUUAGGUGGUUUGAAUUUUAUUUUGCAGUAUGGGCUUGUGGAUUAUCAGACUAUAAUUGAAUCUGAUUCACAAGUACUGGUGCAGAUGGUGUUGGGUAAGGCAGAGGUACCAUGUAGACUGAAGGCUAUUAUGGAAAUUGGGCUUUUGUUUGGUACUUUGAAUGUACAGAUUAAGCAUGUAAUCAGGGAGGCUAAUGGAAUUGCUGAUCUCUUGGCAUCGUUUGCAGUGCAACUGGGAUGGUCUGCUGAUUUUUCAGUCAGUGGUGUGUUUCCGACUGUUGGAAGGAUUCUGCUGCAAUGGGAUCAGAGCUUGCUGCCUUCUGCUAGAGUACAGAAAAUAGUUAGUAGAGGUACACUGCCUCUAUAA